GAGGAAUUAUGACUGAUGCUGGCGAGUCAUCUCGUGUGAUUUUGAUCCCGAUUGAUGGCAGUGAUCAUUGUGAUCGAGCAUUUCGUUGGUACUUGGAAAAUAUGAAACGUGACACUGACUGCAUAACAUUUGUACACGUAAUAGAGCCAGUUUAUAACACUCCAGCCAUUGGAAUGACAAUGGAAUCUCCUCCAAUACCUGACAUGACACGAGUUAUGGAAGAAAGCAUUGAACAAGGUAAAAAGCUUGGUCAGAAGUAUAUGCACGAAGCUAAAAGUCACAAGCUCAAUGCUAAGGCGUUUUUACAUGUUGAUACCAAACCUGGUAGCUCUCUGGUAAAAGCAAUUUCAGACCAUAAGGCAAACGUUAUUCUGAUGGGCAAUCGUGGUCUUGGAGCUAUUCGUCGUACAUUCUUGGGGAGUGUUAGCGAUUAUGUACUUCACCACGCUCAUAUUCCCGUAGUUAUCGUCCCACCUCAAGAGAGGCAGUAACUUUUUCUUCAAUUAUAAUAUCCAUUCUCCACUUAAGAGUUAGAAACUAUUACUUUGUAAUGUAUCGUCUUUCAAUAUGAGAUUAUCGAUACUUUGAAUUUAGUUAAUUUAUACAUACUACCUGUGAUAUUUUAUAAACGACAAAUUAUAUUAAAACAAGAUACGUUGCUUAGUUACUGUCGAGUAUUUUGACAACGCUGUGUAUAAUGCACCAACAAGAUUUACAUUUUUACUGAAAAUCAUAUGACAUAUUUAAUUUCAGCCAUAAUGAAGAAAAACUUUUUUCAAUGGUAGAAAUACAAUAAAUAUUAUCGAUUAA